AUGGCAACAAUCAAAGCGCCCCGAGCAUUCAGCUCAUCAAUAUGCCACGCCUGCCGCCAACGACUCCUGCCCGCGACACAACAACGGCCCUUCUCCUCCACCCCUAAAACAGCAGCAGGCGACGAUGCCCUCUCAGGAUUGAACACUCUCUCAAACCAACUGGGCCGCAACAACAGGCCCAGAGGCUACACGCAGACACCAGGCAGCCCGAGCGAUCCCUGGGGUGGUGCAUCGCUAUCUAGUAUCCUGGACGCCGAUGCAGGCAGUUUCCUGACCUCACAAUUCGCCAACAACCUCAACUUGAACAGCGCGGCAAUCGAUCUGCCCCAUAAGCUGCAUGUAUACGCGACGAAACACAACACACACAUCACGUUUGUUCAGCCCGCGCGACCGGCAUCACAGACAGCAUCGAGUGGGAUAUCGGGCACAUCUGCAUCAGCGUCGGAUUUGAAGAAGCAGAUUGAUGUGCUCAUAUCAUUAUCAACGGGCAACCUCGGCUUCAGGAAAGCAGGAAGAGGCAGCUACGAUGCAGGCUAUCAGCUCGGUGCUUUCGUGAUGAAGCAGAUACAAGAGAAGGGUAUGCUGCGCGAUGUGCACAAACUGGAGGUUGUGCUGCGUGGGUUCGGUGCGGGAAGGGAAGCCGUGAGCAAGAUUCUGCUGGGCAGUGAAGGUGCUGCUCUCAGGCGGAGGAUUACCAGUGUGGUGGAUGCGACGAGGUUGAAGCAAGGUGGGCCGAGAAGCAAGAAGCCACGGAGACUGGGUUAG